UUCGGCUGUACAUUAGUUCCUGUAGUAGUAGUCAUAUUACUGGAAUCUUUUGCUUGCAAGUCCUGUCUACUUGCCUAAGACUAUACAGGUGCCGCCGCUUUCAUAACGGCAACACGUGACUCAUCCUUCUAUACUCUUAUACUCCUGGACACCUGACGCGAAGAAAACCACCCGGCCCUUUCGUCCUUGGGCAUUGUCUCAAGCUACAGAUGAAAGGCUGAUUUGCUCUUAUGGGGAUCCAAGCUCGAACGUCACCGCCGCCGCCUCGUCCAGUUCGUUUCCCAGAUUGGGACAGGCGUGCUUCGUAUGUGGCGGCUGUGGCUGCAAUGACUGAGGGCUGGGAGAUCGCGCGGGAGAGGCGUCUCCGGGUCGAGGUCCAGUGUUUCAACCCAGUCUGCAAAUGUGGCCGGGGUCCGGUUACUGUGGUGGGAGAAAUACCCAAUGGAGUGGGACGAGUUCGAUCGACCCUUCCGGCAAGACUUGGUGAAGCAGAGUUGGUGGCGACGGCAGGCAAUGCGCGUCAUGGCGAAGACGUGGAUCGAGGGGAUGGUAGUUUCAAGAAUGUUGCGGAAGUUCCGCCAAAUGGCCGUGAGGGGCCCUGGAGCGUUCGGAGCUGUCGGGAAGAUUCUCCUUGAGAUUGAGUGCCACCAGGGUCAGCACGCGCAGACUUGGGGCGGCACUGCGCAGAGAAAGCGCAAGGUCGGAUUGGGUGACUUCGACCCAGUGCAGGCAAAGACGGGCAAGGUGGCGCGAUAUAGAGCCUUGCAUGUCAGUCGCAGGGCAUAUAGAUCCAGGUAUGCCAGGCACGUUGCAAUCGCAUCGAACAACUCUGGUGGGAGGGACUCCAUUGUGUGCGGCAGGUCAGAUGCAAUUGGGGAGUUGGAGACCAAGGGGGAGAGGGAAGAGGAUGAAUGCCUCAUGUAUUGGUGUUUGGAAUAUGGAAGAAGAGCUAUCCACACGACUUUCGGACAUGUCCCCCAAAUCUCGCUGUAG